CCGACCCCGACACGCGCGACUCCCGCUGCCCCGCGCGCCGUGCCACAGACCCAGUCGUCCCCUGUCGAAAGAAACCCUCGCGCCGGGCCGUCCUGCAACAUGCUCUCCGGCGUCAAGCUAGUCCCGCGCGACCAAAUCCUUUCGGGUCGGAAGCACGGAAGCGGCGGCGGCUCCGAUUCCGACUCCUCCGGCGGCAUGAGGCGGGCGAAGCGGAGUAAAGGUGGCCGGGACAAGAGGGAGAAGGGCAACCGGCGGAGGAAACACCGCCGGCGGUACAGCUCGAAGGGUGAGUCGGGGUCAGAUACCGAUGAUUCCAUCGGCGAGGAAGAGGAGGCGGAUGUCAGUCGAAGCAAGCGCCGAGGGAAGCACCGGAGGGAAUCCAGCGAAUCUGGCAGUGGGAGAGCAAGGGGCAAGGGGAAGCAGAUAUGUGAUGGUGAGGAUGAUGAGGACGAUGAUGAUACUGGUGGUGAGGGGUUGAGGGCAAGCGAAGUGGUUAGGAGGGAGAUGGGGCUUGAAUGGAUGCUCAAGUCGGCAAGCAGCAGUCGAGCCGAGGGCAGCAGCGUCCGUAAGGUUGAUAAUGAUGAGAAGGAUGACGCUGCACAUGAAGAGAUUGCCAGGCCAAACCCUAAGGAACUUAACCCAUACCUGAAAGAUAAUGGAACUGGCUACCCAGAAGAAUCUACCCCAUCCAAUGCUGGCAAUCAGUUGCUUGCUUCCUCUGUUGUGGGGGAUGGGGGUGCUAGUUGGAGGCUUAAGGCUUUGAAGCGUGCUAAGGAGCAAGCUGCUCGUGAAGGAAGAAAGCUUGAGGAGGUUGUUGAAGAGAGAUGGGGCUCGUUAGGCGACUUAGCUGUGUCAGUAUCAGCAUCAAGAGCUGCCCAUUCACAUGCUCACUUGCAUGCCAUUAGAGGAAGAAAAUCUGGGAAUGCUGACAAUGUAGAAGAACACACCAAAGGAACUCCGGAGGGUCGCCAAGGUGGUGACAGUGUCAGGCGUGAAUAUUUACAAGAUGUCUCUUCUCAACGCCAUGCCAUGAGAAAACCUAAACCGGAUUCAGUACCGUGGAAAAGGAGAAGACAGAAUAUAUCUUCUGAGGACCAGGAGCUUAUCUCUUCAGCAGUAGCAAGCCUGAAUAAGUUUUCUGAUGAUGGAAGCUUUAUGGAAAAGAUUAGCAAUCUUAACAAGAACACACAUGUCUCAACUACUAGUGCUAGUGCUACUGCUGAUGAACAGAGGGACAAUGAGCAGAAGCAUUUUAAGAAGAGUUCACAGAAAGCACCAUUAGUGAGCACUCAGAAAUUAAAUACAAAUCAGUUGGCUGCAAAGAUUCUGCAGCUCCGAAUGAAAGGCAAGACAGAAGAAGCUGAACAACUUUCAUCUUCUGUAGUUAGUAGCAAUAUGGCGGAACAUGUUCUCAUUCUUUGUCAGAGGGAAAUGGAAGCUUUGCUGGAGAAUCAGGAUACUGUCACUGAGGAACGUAGUCAUGGAAAAGGAAGGAGCUCAAUCAGGGAUACAUUGAAGCCUAGUGCAGCUGAUUGCAGGAGAAGAGAAGAGAAUGCAGACCUGCAUUUGGCUAAUAAGAUUAUGCACAAUAAGCAGUACAGUAUGUCUAAAAGUAUAGAGGAUGAAUAUGAUUUUGGUGAUGCUCCUAGUAAAAAAGACAAGAGAAAGAAUAAAGGGGCACAUGAGGAGAGGAGAAUCACUAAUAGACAUAUGUCGACUCAGAAGGAGCGCUGUUUGUAUUGCUUUGAGAACCCAUCCAGGCCAAAACAUCUAGUUGUUGCUAUUGGAAACUUCACUUACUUGAUGCUGCCGCAGUUUGAGCCCGUUGUCCCUGGGCAUUGUAUUAUUCUCCCAUUACAACAUGAGUCUGCAACGAGAACCGUUGAUCAGAAUGUUUGGGGGGAGAUUCGCAACUUCAAGAAGUGCCUACUGAAGAUGUUUGCACAGCAGGACAAGGAUGUAGUGUUUAUGGAGACUGUCAUAAGCCUGUCCAGACAAAGGAGACAUUGCAUGAUUGAGUGUAUCCCUGUCCCUUGUGAUGUUUCAAGCAACGCCCCAAUGUACUUCAAAAAGGCGAUUGAUGAAGCUGAAGAAGAAUGGACCCAACAUGAGAUGAAGAAGGUUAUCCCGACAAGCGCAAGCCGCAACUUGAGGCAAGCCAUCCCGGAGAAUUUUGCCUAUUUCCAUGUGGAGUUUGGGCUGGACCGUGGUUUUGUUCAUGUAAUAGAUGAUGAGAGCAAGUUCAGCGCUGGAUUUGGAUUGAAUGUCAUCAGAGGGAUGCUCCAGUUGCCAGAGGAGGACAUGCACCGUCGCAGAAGGCAUGAGUCCAUGGAUAACCAGAAGCAAGCUGUUGCUAGCUUCAUGAAGGACUGGGAGCCCUUCGAUUGGACGAAGCAGCUUGAUUAGAUGUGAAUAAGGUUUUGAGAGAACUUCCAAAGAAAAGCUUGCACAAUUUGUACUGAAAAUUUUGUAGUAAACUUGUCCUGAUGCUAUCAUGCUGUAUUUUGUCUCAGCAUGUAAAUAUUCCUUUGUUCCUAGAAGAUAACCAUCACAACUUAUUGCUGUAAUAUGAUAUUGAUGUGUACCGGAGGCGUCUUGUGGUGAUUUUAAUGUUUGCUCAGUCAAUAUUAUUUAAACUGAUA